AUGUCCACGAAAUUCAAGAAGGAUAAGGAGAUCAUAGCGGACUAUGAGACCCAAGUGAAAGAGAUCCGUAACCAGCUGGUGGAGCAGUUCAAAUGCUUGGAGCAGCAGUCGGACUCUCGCAUCCAGCUGCUGCAGGACCUGCAGGAGUUCUUCCGCCGCAAAUCUGAGAUCGAACUGGAAUACUCCCGCAGCUUAGAGAAGCUGGCCGAGAGGUUCUCCUCCAAGAUCCGCAGCUCCAGGGAACAUCAACAGUUCAAAAAAGACCAGCACCUCCUGUCCUCAGUAAACUGCUGGUACCUGGUGCUAAACCAGACGAGGCGUGACAGCCGGGACCAUGCCACCCUCAGCGAGAUCUACACCAACAAUGUCAUUGUCCGCUUGGCCCAGAUCUGCGAGGAUGUCAUCCGCCUGUUCAAGAAGAGCAAGGACAUUGGGAUCCAGAUGCACGAGGAGCUGGUGAAAGUGACAAAUGAACUCUACACUGUGAUGAAGACAUACCACAUGUAUCACACCGAGAGCAUCAGUGCAGAGAGUAAGCUGAAGGAUGCCGAGAAGCAGGAGGAGAAGCAGUUCAGCAAGUCGGGAGAUCUCAACGUGAACCUCCUGCGUCACGAGGACCGCCAGCCGAGACGCACCGUCAGGAAGAUCGAGAAGAUGAAAGAGAAGAGGCAAGCCAAGUACUCUGAGAAUAAGCUGAAAUGCACAAAAGCCCGGAAUGACUAUUUGUUGAACCUGGCAGCGACAAAUGCAGUUGUGGCGAAAUAUUACAUCCAUGACGUCUCCGAUAUGAUUGAUUGCUGUGACCUCGGCUACCACGCCAGCUUGGCACGCACCUUCAGGACAUAUUUAUCUGCCGAGUACAACUUGGAGACCUCCCGUCACGAGGGACUGGACAUCAUUGAGAAUGCAGUGGAGAACCUGGACUCUCGCAGUGACAAGCACAAGAUCAUGGAUAUGCAUAACCAGGUGUUCUGUCCCCCGAUGCGCUUUGAAUACCUGCCGCACAUGGGAGAUGAGGUGUGCCAGGUGAGUGCCCAGCAGCCUGUCCAGACUGAACUCCUGAUGCGCUACCACCAACUGCAGUCCCGCUUAUCCACGCUAAAGAUUGAGAACGAGGAGGUGAGGAAGACCUUGGAUGCUACCAUGCAGACGCUGCAGGACAUGCUGACGGUGGAGGACUUUGACGUGUCGGACGCCUUCCAACACAGCCGCUCCACUGAAUCCAUCAAGUCCGUGGCGUCCGAGUCCUACAUGAGCAAGCUGAACGUCGCCAAGAGGAGGUCGAACCAGCAGGAGACUGAAAUGUUCUACUUUUCGAAAUUCAAGGAGUUCCUGAACGGCAGUAACCUCAUCAUUAAGCUGCAGGCCAAGCAUGACUUACUGAAGCAGACCCUGGGUGAAGGGGAACGGGCCGAGUGUGGAACUACACGGCCCCCCACCCUCCCCCCUAAACCACAGAAAAUGCGGAAGCCUAGGCCACGCUCUGUGUAUAACCAUAAGCUGUUUAACGGCAAUAUGGAGACCUUCAUCAAGGAUUCAGGUCAACCUAUUCCACUGGUUGUUGAGAGCUGUGUCCGAUACAUCAAUUUAUACGGCUUGCAGCAGCAGGGCAUAUUCCGUGUGCCGGGAUCACAGGUGGAGGUCAAUGAUAUUAAAAACUCAUUUGAGAGAGGUGAAGAUCCCUUGGUCGACGACCAGAAUGAGCACGAUAUCAACUCAGCGGCAGGCGUGCUGAAGCUGUACUUCCGAGGACUGGAGAACCCGAUCUUCCCAAAGGAGCGCUUCCUCGACUUCAUCUCCACCAUCAAGCUGGAGUCUGGAGCCGAGCGAGCGCACCACAUCCAGCAGAUCGUCGUGACUCUUCCUCGCACCAUCAUCAUCGUCAUGAGAUAUCUGUUUGCUUUUCUCAAUCAUGUCUCCCAGUACAGUGACGAGAACAUGAUGGAUGAAUACAACUUGGCUAUCUGCUUUGGUCCAACCCUGAUGCCCAUCCCAGAUGGGCAGGAUCCUGUAGCAUGCCAGGCACAUGUGAACGAGGUCAUCAAGACCAUCAUCACCCACAAUGAACUCAUCUUUCCCAGUCUACGUGAGCUGGACGGUCCAGUGUAUGAGAAGUGCAUGUCCGGGGGGGAGGAGUACUGUGACAGCCCUCACAGUGAACCCGGGACUAUCGAAGAGGCUGAUAAUGGAACCGAACCACACACCAGUGAUGAAGAGGUUGAACAGAUUGAAGCCAUUGCCAAGUUUGACUAUGUGGGCCGCACUCCCAGGGAGCUGUCCUUCAAGAAGGGAGCCUCCCUUCUCCUGUAUCACAGAGCCUCUGAAGACUGGUGGGAGGGGCGUCAUAAUGGUGUAGAUGGUCUCAUCCCACAUCAGUACAUUGUCGUACAAGACCUUGAUGAUGCUUUCUCAGAUAACCUCAGCCAGAAAGCAGAUAGUGAAGCGAGCAGUGGACCAUUACUUGACGAUAAGAGCUCAUCUAAAAAUGAGGUCCCAUCGCCAUGUGAACAAUCACCUGACUUCAACUUCGGAGGAGUCAUGGGGAGGGUUAGGUUACGGUCCGAUGGAGCUGCAGUCCCGCGUCACCGGAGCGGAACAGAAACCCACAGUCCCACCAGAGCGACUGACUCUCCACCGCGAGCUGCAGCCUGUCCCAGCAGCCCCCACAAGGUGUCUAUAAGCAAGGGUCGUAUGGAGAGCCCAGAAAAGAGGCGUAUCGGAACCUUCGGCAGCGUGGGCAGCAUCAACUACCCAGACAGGAAGGCUUAUCCUGAGGGCCACCCGCUGAGACCAGGGCCGGGGGCCACUCGUCACAGCAGCCUCGGGGACCACAAAUCGCUGGAGGCCGAAGCUCUUGCUGAGGACAUAGAGAAAACUAUGACUACAGCGCUCCAUGAGCUACGUGAGCUGGAGCGACAGAACACAGUGAAACAGGCUCCUGACGUGGUCUUGGACACGCUGGAGCCCAUGAAGAACCCGGUCAGCUCGGAGCCCGGCAGCCCGCUGCACACGAUCAUGAUCCGCGACCCGGACGCAGCCAUGCGGCGCAGCAGCAGCUCCACCUCUGAGAUGAUGACCACCUUCAAACCGUCCCUGUCUGCCCGCCUGGCCGGGGCUCAGCUCCGCCCGCCGCCCAUGAGGCCGUUGCGCCCUCCUCCAACGCAGCACCGCUCCAGCAGCUCUAGCUCUUCGGGAGUCGGCAGCCCCGCCGUAACUCCCACUGAGAAAAUGUUUCCAAGUAACAAUUCAGCUGCUGGUUCUAACAUGAACCUGUCCGGUGACGCUGGGGAUAAAUCAGGUACCAUGUAG